CAUUGUGUUUGCGUUUAUCAAGUAGUUCAUUUUCAAGAGCCGGCAGUAAGUGAAGUGGAUUCUUUCGUCUUGCGCUCGGUGUCUAUACAUUAAAAAACACGGAAUAAAAAAACUAAUAAUUUUGCUUGGUAGUGUAUAUCAUGUUCAAAACCGAAUAGACUGAGCGAAAAAAAGAAACAGAGCGACACACAGUAAACAGUCAGCACGUCAACACAAACGAUAGACUAUACACAAUUUCACAUACAUACAAGAGACAGAAAUUGGGAAAUUCGACACAAUCAGAAGCAGUUGCAAAAGUAAAAGCAUCGAAAGAGCAGGCAGAGAGUUAGAAGACACCCAAAAAACACGACACAUGAAAAGAUUUUGCCUUUAAUUCAGAUGUUCUCCUUUCGUCUACAUUGAUUUUAAUGAAAUAUAGUGAGGUGAUCUCGCGAUUACUCUAAUACAAAAUAAAAAGUAGUCGGCAUAAAAUCAUUGCGCAGCUUUUAUUCGAAAAAAAGCUGAGAAAUUCAAAAGGCAGGGGAAUUCACUUCGAAGACAGUAGAAUCUAGGUUGUGUUUCAUAAGUUUUAUGAACAGCACAUUUUAUCGAAUUCAAUAAAAAAAAAUUGAAUUGAUUGAGUGAGUGUGUAUAGUGUUUUGAAUGUAGAAUCCAUUUUCACAAUACAGUGUCAAAAGUUGAAUCCGACAAUAUGAAAAGAUGGUUAUAAUAUUUCAAAAAUAUAAACGAUUAAUUUAAUAUUUCGACUAAACACGGAUCAUUAUAAAAAAAACUGUAUCAACAAUUUUCCAUUUUUUUCCCCAGAAAAAGACUCUGCAAUAAUAAUUGUGGAUUUGAAGAAAAAUUUGUUUAUGGUCUUUGUAGGAAAAUGUCCAGUGACUACACAGUAUAGGAUUGUUUUUCCAUUCAAUUUUAUAUUAAAAUCAAGUGUGAAUUUGGCUAAGUGAAUGAUACUUCUUUGUUUGUGUUUUGACAAAGCAACCCGCAUGCACCACAACAUAUUAGGAAAUGUUGGUAUCAUAUUAAAAUAAAUAAAUAAAUGUACUGAAACGAGUCAAUCAGCAGUGUGAGGUUUUAUCAAUUUGAUUAAAUACGGAAAUUGAAAUAAAAAUAAACUGAACAGUGGAAUAUCGCAAGGCGUAACAUCAGCAAUUUCAUAACGAUAACGAUGUACAUUUCAAUGCAGACAAGAUGGAUAGUGAAAUGAAAUAUUUCGUUUGUGUUCAUAAUAGAAAAUAUAAUAUUCAGAUAAUACUGGUCAACUAAAACAUAUUGAAGUGAAAAUGGAUAGAUCUGCCAACUCAAACGUUGGACCAAAAGUUUCCCAAAUUGCCAACCUUUUCCAGCGACGACCUGCUGAAGUGGAGAUAGAACCAGUGAAGGAUGGUCAAUGUCCAAUUGGUUCGAAUGCACCAGUCGUUCGAUCAGAAUCGCAUGCCGUGCGAUUCAAUAAUGCCCGAGCUCUGUUUGAAAAAUUGGGAGUUGAAAAUCGCGCACCUCGACCGGCUGCACUCAGUUUGAAGAAUUCGAAUAGUCGUGAUAGUUUGAGCGGUGAUAGUCCCGAAAGAGGAGAUGCCCGUACUCCAUCACCGAAACGAACAACGAACUUUACGCUUGGCAAUGGAGUGGUCGCCAAACGGGAUCCAUCUAAAAUACAUAACACGUCUCGUGUCAAACCGGAGAAACCUGAAAAGCCCGAAAAACCAGAACGCAAAUUUAACUCUAAGGAGUUGAUAGAAAAACAGAAAAAUUGGACGUCGCAUUUUACAAAAACACGGGCUUCUAGAUUCAAUAGCGAUCCAAAUCGUUGUGAUAUCAUUCGUGCGGUGCCUGGCAAUGUACUUUACCCAGGUAAUGAUAACCAACAAGCUUCAUUGGUUUCAUCGGUUUCUGCCACAUCCGCUACAAUUUCUACAGUUACACCAUCUGCAACGCCUCCAAACUGCAAGGUAACCGGAAGUCCAAAUGUAUCACAAACACAACUCCCUACAAAGGAGUUACAACGUAAUCGAUCUCAUUCGAGAUCAUUUGAUUCUUCCAAGUCAUCUGAAUCGUCACCACCCCCAAGUCCACCGGUUCGCCAAAUAUCUUCCUCCAAUCCACCGGACGUCAAACCGCGCCAUUCCUCACGAUCUUCAUUCAGUAAUACGAGUCCAGUAAAACAGCCAACAUCAAUCCCAAAUAAAUCGCCCAAUGUGGAACCACCCGAACGACGUAAACGUUCAAUUGACUUAAUAGAUGAUUCGACAAAUUCUUCAACUGUUGAAUAUGCUGAAGUGAAAAAAUAUUCCAACGAUUUGCCAUCGUCAUUGGGUUCACAACCAACAAGUUCAUCACCAAGUUCUGGUCUAAGUAUUUCAUCGGGACCAUCCAGUCCUAAUCAUACGGAAGAUGAGAAACAAGAAAACGAAUCAAACGAAAAAACUGAUCUUUUCGACGAAAUCAUCACUGAAUAUCGUCAGUCAAAAUUAAAUUCGGAAAACGAACCAACUGAGGAUAUUUUCUCUUCAAAACGAACUAUUUGUGUCCAACCGCUCGAUGCGGUACAAAAUACUACACAUUCGACAAGUAUUGUCAGUACAGAUGAGGGUGGUUUCAAUGAGCCAUCACCUGAAAUAAAAGCCAAAUUGAAACCAGCUUAUACGUAUGAAACAGCAACGACGGCUGCGCAAAAUAUAACAGAGGGAUUCGAUACCAAAGAUACUACAGACGAUGCCAACCAGCACUCAUUGCACUAUGUGGACUUUGGGUAUCGGUUGAAUCCCGAUGGUAGUGAAAGUAAGCAAUGUUUUAGUGACGAAUACUAUGAUAUUGCACAAAACAUCAAUGAAAAAGGCAGUGGAUGCAUCGAACGUCAACGUUGUGACAAACGUACGGUUCACUAUCCGGUCGCCGAUUCAGUUGUUUAUGCCGCUAUAAAAUCGGAACCAUCAUCAUCUAUAUCGCCGCCUUCAGAGCCCAAAUUCAAUUGUGAUAAACCAAACAAUCGAAUUGACGACAGUUAUCCAAAUGAUGAUAAUGUUUCUGAUAUAGAUGAGAAAUUUGAACAAAUUUAUAGCUCAGCUACAAAAGAUCUCGAUAUAAAUAGUGGUGAUGUACGAUUUCCAGACGGUGAUUCUUCGUUCAACUUGAAAAAUGUAGAAUUUGCUGAUGCCAGCGAUAAGGAAGAUUUACCAGAUACUAUGACUGCUUAUGAGGCUGACCGACUGUUGAGCUCUAGAAUUUUGGAAAACAAAAUUGGACAACAGUCAAUAUUAUCAGAUGAAGAGGCUCGGGAAGUAGAAGAAUUACUUCAACGCAAAAGAGAGAAUUCAAUAUCUAGUCAAAAUAGCGAUGCAAAACUUCCAUCGAAAGAAGGAGUGGAUCUGCAACAACAGUCACAGUCACAGUCACAAUCACAAUCACUUUCGAAUGAUGAAAUUGGGUCACUAUCUGAAUCAACAAAAACAGUACCACCACCCUUACCAUCUCAUCCACCGCGCAUAAAAAGUGUACGCUCAACGAAAGUUGAAUCAGCGAUUAUAACAAACGAGCAAGCUUGUAACAAUUCCGAAUUGAAUCAAACGGAUUCAAUCCAAAUUUCUACGUUGUCAUUAAACGAUCCAGAUCAAUUUUUCAUACCUGAAUAUCCACCAAUUUCACCGAAAGAGGUGUACAGUGAUUCAGGCGUACAUUAUUUUGAAGAUGGUAAUUUUUGGAUGGAGAUCCCUGGCUUGUUGGAUUGUGAUGAUGAAGACGAUGAUGACCUAGACUAUCCUGUGUUCGUUAAGAAAAACACCAAAAUCAAAUUCAGCUGUGGACCGAUAAAAGUAUUUUCAACAUACUCGGUCAAUGACUAUGAUCGUCGAAAUGAGGACGUUGACCCAGUUGCUGCCUCAGCUGAGUAUGAGCUGGAAAAACGUGUCGAAAAAAUGCACGUAUUCAAGGUGGAAUUAAUGAAGGGUCUUGAAGGACUUGGCCUAAGUAUAAUCGGGAUGGGAGUUGGGGCCGAUGCUGGUCUCGAAAAGCUUGGCAUCUUUGUCAAAACCAUCACUGAUAAUGGAGCAGCAGCACGUGAUGGACGUAUUCAAGUCAACGAUCAGAUUAUCGAAGUUGAUGGCAAAAGUUUGGUUGGUGUUACACAAGCAUACGCGGCAUCAGUUUUGCGAAAUACAUCUGGUCUAGUCAAAUUUCAAAUUGGUCGUGAGCGAGAUCCAGAAUCCUCAGAGGUGGCACAAUUAAUACGACAAAGUUUACAAGCUGACAAGGAGAAAGAAGAACGAAUUAAAAGGCAACAAGAGGAGUAUUUGAGACGAACAAUCGACUAUUCCGAGGAUUCGACACAACCAGCUUCGGCAAAUUCAAGCGUUUGCGAAGGACCUACAAGCCCACUUAUCAUUGAUAAUACACUCAAUUCGAUGGAAGCUGAAGCAAAACACUCACAAGAAGUAGAGUCCUUGAAACGUCUUCUACAAGAGCUCGUCAAGUUAGAAGCAACUGGUAAUGAGUCAGAUUUGAUCGCUGAACGUUUAAGACAGACUGAGAAAGAUUUGUCGCAAGCACGGCGGGAAUCUUUAAACUUUCAACAACUGUUACAACAGUCUCAAUCGCAAUUUACCACACUUGAUCGGAAGUAUAGCAAAGCAAAACGUCUUGUUCGCGAAUACCAACAACGGGAAGUCGAUAUGAUCCAACAAGAAGAGUUCUAUUUGCAAUUGUUGCAAGAAAAAGACUGCGAAUACAACGCACUAGUGAAGAAAUUGAAAGACCGAGUGAUUCACCUGGAGCAAGAGUUACAAGAAACGCAACGGAAAGCCGGAUUACCCAUUUACUUACCGUAUGAUGGCGCAAGCCUUCGUCUUACACCACAAAUGACUCGAAAACAACCACCAAAACGAUUUCAAAAAAUUCCACUGGAAACUGGUCUAUCCGACACCGAAAUAUCGGAUUUUUCACCGGAUGGUGAGGAUGAUGAUAAAACGGCAACUGUUGAACGAAAAGUUCCACUUAAAGAUGAAUUAGAUGCAGCGGUGCCACAACACGAACUACUCGAUACUGCUGUAAAUAAAUCGAAAAGUGACUUAGUAUCACGUGGCUUAGCAAAACGAUUGCCAUCGGGUAAAAAAAGCUUAAGCAGUUCUGAUUGUGCAUUAAAUGAAAGCGAAGAAGAGGUCAUCGAGCCCAUGCCCGUGUCCAUUUCUAAUGCCAAACAUAAUGGCCAUAGUUUUGUGGGUUUAAAAGCGAACGACAAUAACAACAACAAUGGAAACAAGAAACGGUUUGAAAGUGCACCACUAUACGCACAGGUACACAAAGAGCACACAAGAUCGAAUAACGAUAACCAAAACCAAAACUCCAACAAUCACUUCGUUCCACACUCAACAAUACCAAAUAUUUACAAGAAUGCGAGUGAUAGCGCACCAAUAAGCUCACCAUCUUAUAACAAUGAAUUGAGUAGCUCUUAUGACAGUAUUUUGAGUUCAAACGACAAACUAUCGGAUGUUGGCCAAAAUACAGACAAUUGGAUGUAUCCUAGCAGACGACGCGGUACGAAAACACCACCAUCAUCGUUUAGUGAUCAGCUUGCAUCAGUGUUGUCUGAACGCGAAAGUCGCCGCCUCGGGGAUGGAUCGUCUCGAGAUUCAAGCGACGAUUUUUCUGAAUUGAAUCGUGCGCAAAGCCAAGCCAUUUCAAUGUCACAAACUCUUUUAGUGGAAAUCAGACAAGCAGUUAACGAGGCUCAACCAAAAGUUAAAAACGUAAUUCCACAAACACUUUCUCCUCCGGGAACAGCCCCAUGGCUCCGGGAACAGCAAGGGCCUCCAUCACCAUCAAGCAUUUCAAGUAGUGGUUCAACAUCACCAGGCUAUUCACCAAGUCGGACAGUCGGUGACUUAUCAGGUUCAAGUACCAGCUUUUCGAGCGAACGGAAAAAUGCACAUCACUGGCAAAAUGGACCGGUCCAAGAAUGGACUAAAGAACAAGUUUGUCAAUGGCUUUUGGCUUUGGGUCUUGAACAACACACUCCAAAAUUUUUGGAACACGGCGUUGAAGGUGGCGCAUUAUUACAAUUAGAUUCACGUGACUUGAAAAUUCUAGGCAUUGGUGGUGAUGACAAACGAUUGUUCAAGCGAAAAUUGAAAGAACUGAAGCAUAUUGUUGAGAAAGAGAAGCGGCAAAUGGAGAAAGAUCGAAAGGAACGUGAAAAAAUGAUCCGAAAGGCCGAGAAGAAAGCUGAAAAAAAUGCAUCUAAAAAGAAGUAGAUGCAAAUACCCAUUUGGCGCCACUUAUCGAAUUUAGUAGUGCACUUUAAAAAAUUGACAUAGAAUUUUUGAUUUUCUUGAGCUUCUUCUGAAGCUAACAUGUAUUGGACUUACAAAUCGAACUACGUUACAAGCAUCCACGAACAAGGAAAAGGGCACAUACAAGGUGUAUUUGCUGUUAGUAAAUUUUGUAAUUUUGGUUCAGAUUUAUGAAUUUUGUGUAUACAUGUUUGGAACGAACAAUUUGCAUCGAUAACACUGGCUCCAAUUACCAUUUUUUUACCAAGAGAUUGAAUUCAAAAGACGCCGUUGCAACUCUUCGAAUCACAUUAGACUGGCUACUCCUUCGACCCCAAGGAAGUACCUUUCAUAUUGUUCAUGAAAGCAAAAGAUUUUCAAAUCUACAAGCCAAUGAAUACAGUGUUAUACAAUUUGGGUUUGUAAUCCCCAAAAGAAUCUGGCAUCUGAACAACUAGGAAAACUUUUAUGCAUCCCUGGAUCUACAAAAAGAAACAAAGAAUAAACACUAUAAUUUUUAAAAUAUCAAUGAACUACCUAAUUAUAACAUGAAUUUGUACAAGAAGUUUUUUUUUCAACAAACUUAGUUGUAAAUCAGCAUUCCAGCGAAUAUGGAAUCUACUUAGACGAAUUUUUUUUUCAAUCCAAUAAAAGACGUCAUUAUAAUUUAAUAAAAAUAAUAUAAUAAAAGUAGCACCGUGACUAUAUAAGUUGUAGCCCAUUGUAGCCAGUAAUGUGAAAACUGUUCAAAAUAGAUACUAACCCAUUUGGUCAGACCUAUUUAAGAAUUCAAACACUGUAGACAUUGAAAUGGUAAAAUAAUAGUGAAGAAAUAAAAACGAAAUGAAAAAAUAAAAAAAAGAACGAAAAAAACCUAAACCAAAAA